AUGGACCAUUAUGAUUCCCAGCAAACCAACGACUACAUGCAGCCGGAAGAGGACUGGGAUCGAGACCUGCUCCUGGACCCGGCCUGGGAGAAGCAGCAGAGAAAGACGUUCACGGCAUGGUGCAACUCCCACCUUCGCAAGGCGGGGACGCAGAUCGAGAACAUCGAGGAGGACUUCCGGGAUGGACUGAAGCUCAUGCUGCUGCUAGAGGUCAUCUCAGGGGAGCGCUUGGCCAAGCCGGAGAGAGGCAAAAUGAGGGUGCACAAGAUCUCCAACGUCAACAAGGCCCUGGAUUUCAUAGCCAGCAAGGGAGUCAAGCUCGUGUCCAUUGGAGCCGAAGAAAUCGUGGAUGGGAACGUGAAAAUGACCCUGGGCAUGAUCUGGACCAUCAUCCUCCGCUUCGCCAUCCAGGACAUCUCUGUGGAAGAGACUUCCGCGAAGGAGGGGCUGCUCCUGUGGUGUCAGAGAAAGACAGCUCCUUACAAAAACGUCAACAUCCAGAACUUCCACAUAAGCUGGAAGGAUGGCCUCGGCUUCUGUGCCUUGAUCCACCGACAUCGGCCUGAGCUGAUUGAUUAUGGGAAGCUGCGGAAGGACGACCCACUCACAAAUCUGAACACAGCCUUCGAUGUGGCAGAGAAGUACCUGGACAUCCCCAAGAUGUUGGAUGCUGAAGACAUUGUUGGAACCGCCCGACCGGAUGAGAAAGCCAUCAUGACUUACGUGUCCAGCUUCUACCAUGCCUUCUCUGGAGCCCAGAAGGCGGAGACAGCAGCCAAUCGCAUCUGCAAGGUGUUGGCCGUCAACCAGGAGAAUGAGCAGCUCAUGGAAGACUACGAGAAGCUGGCCAGCGAUCUGCUGGAGUGGAUCCGCCGCACCAUCCCGUGGCUGGAGAACCGGGCGCCGGAGAACACCAUGCACGCCAUGCAGCAGAAGCUGGAGGACUUCCGGGAUUACCGGCGGCUGCACAAGCCGCCCAAGGUGCAGGAGAAGUGCCAGCUGGAGAUCAACUUCAACACGCUGCAGACCAAGCUGCGGCUCAGCAACCGGCCCGCCUUCAUGCCCUCCGAGGGCCGGAUGGUCUCGGACAUCAACAAUGCCUGGGGCUGCCUAGAGCAGGCAGAGAAGGGCUACGAGGAGUGGCUGUUGAAUGAGAUCCGGAGGCUGGAGCGGCUCGACCACCUGGCAGAGAAAUUCCGGCAAAAGGCCUCCAUCCACGAGGCCUGGACAGAUGGCAAAGAGGCUAUGCUACGGCAGAAGGAUUACGAGACCGCCACCCUCUCGGAGAUCAAGGCCCUGCUCAAGAAGCACGAGGCCUUUGAGAGUGACCUCGCCGCCCACCAGGACCGCGUGGAGCAGAUUGCUGCCAUUGCGCAGGAGCUCAAUGAGCUGGACUAUUACGACUCACCCAGUGUCAACGCCCGGUGCCAAAAGAUCUGUGACCAGUGGGACAAUCUGGGAGCCCUAACCCAGAAGCGGAGAGAAGCUCUGGAGCGGACGGAGAAACUUCUGGAGACCAUUGACCAGUUGUACUUGGAGUAUGCCAAGCGGGCUGCUCCCUUCAACAACUGGAUGGAGGGGGCCAUGGAGGAUCUGCAGGACACCUUCAUUGUGCACACCAUUGAGGAGAUCCAGGGACUGACCACAGCCCAUGAGCAGUUCAAGGCCACCCUCCCUGAUGCCGACAAGGAACGCCUGGCCAUCCUGGGUAUCCACAACGAGGUGUCCAAGAUUGUCCAGACCUACCACGUCAACAUGGCAGGCACCAAUCCCUACACAACCAUCAGUCCUCAGGAGAUCAAUAGCAAGUGGGACCACGUGCGGCAGUUGGUGCCGCGGAGGGACCAGGCCCUGACGGAGGAGCAUGCCCGCCAGCAGCACAACGAGAGGCUACGCAAGCAGUUUGCAGCCCAGGCCAAUGUCAUCGGGCCCUGGAUCCAGACCAAGAUGGAGGAGAUUGGGCGGAUCUCCAUUGAGAUGCACGGGACCCUGGAGGACCAGCUCAGCCACCUGCGGCAGUACGAGAAGAGCAUCGUCAACUACAAGCCCAAGAUCGACCAGCUGGAGGGCGACCACCAGCUCAUCCAGGAGGCGCUCAUCUUCGACAACAAGCACACCAACUACACCAUGGAGCAUAUCCGCGUGGGCUGGGAGCAGCUUCUCACCACCAUCGCCAGGACCAUCAAUGAGGUGGAGAACCAGAUCCUGACCCGCGAUGCCAAGGGCAUCAGCCAGGAGCAGAUGAACGAGUUCCGAGCCUCCUUCAACCACUUUGACCGGGAUCACUCCGGCACGCUGGGUCCCGAGGAGUUCAAAGCCUGCCUCAUCAGCUUGGGUUAUGAUAUUGGCAACGACCCCCAGAAGAAGACAGGCAUGAUGGACACGGAUGAUUUCCGCGCCUGCCUUAUCUCCAUGGGUUACAACAUGGGAGAGGCAGAAUUUGCCCGCAUCAUGAGCAUUGUGGACCCCAACCGCCUGGGGGUAGUGACGUUCCAGGCCUUCAUCGACUUUAUGUCUCGGGAGACGGCCGACACAGACACGGCAGACCAAGUCAUGGCCUCCUUCAAGAUCCUGGCUGGCGACAAGAACUACAUCACGGUGGACGAGCUGCGCCGAGAGCUGCCGCCGGAUCAGGCGGAGUACUGCAUCGCCCGGAUGGCCCCCUACACCGGCCCCGACGCCGUGCCCGGUGCUCUGGACUACAUGUCCUUCUCCACGGCGCUGUACGGCGAGAGCGACCUCUAACCCGCCCGCCCCGGCCAGCGCCCUCGCCCUGCCCGCUGUGCGCCGCACCCCCCCCCCCCGCUGCCCCCCUGCCCCCUCCCGCCCGGGUUUGGUCUCCUCGCUCAGCCUCGAACCGGGCGAGCCGGGACCCACGUGGCAUCGAGGCUCCCCGCCCGCAAAGUGACAGUUUACAAAAUUAUUUUCUGCAAAAAAGAAAAAAAGAGUUACGUUAAAAAAAGUAUUAAAAAAAAA